AUGGCACACACAAACUAUGAUCAUUCUAUUGAACUUCUCAAUUCUUCUCGUCGAACAGGUCGAAGUCAAAGUGCAAUGCAAGCUCAUCGUGGUGAUGUACCAAGCAAACAUGAUGAAUAUUUGAUUCAGUUACAAGAACGAAAUCGACUUCUAAAAGCGUAUCAAACGCAGCGACAACCGAAAAAUAAUGACUUGAAAAAACGUGAGACUGGCUUUCAGUUAUAUUUAAAUGGAGCACACAGUGUACAAAAACGCCGACCAACAUCUAUAACCACUGGUCCAUCCAAUCGAACUGUGACUUCUUCUCCUUAUUUCUCUGAUUUUUCUUUUCCAACUCCAUCGAACACCACUCAGCAAACAAAUUCGCUACCAACAAAUGGUCGUCGUCACUGGACGCCAUCAACAAAGACAAAGAUAAAAACAGCUGAUGGUUCUAUUAUAGCUGAUAUUGAUCGAACUCCACUUCCCAAUAGUAAUCCGCAAUUACCACAAUCGAAAUCUCUAUUCAAUCAACGACAAUUUCAACAAGUCACAUCUAAACGUGCUGUGAAAUCAGCUGGAACACCGAGUGAAGCAUUGCCGAAAUCUGCAUGGAAUCAUCAAGUUAUCGAACUAAAUGCCAGUCAGAUAAGAGCUACUGGAUUGAAUAAUCAAGUGUCAUUUGAUCAAAUGAAACCAGAGAGUAUAGAUCAAAGCUGGAUGCCAAAUUGGUUUCAUAAAACCAAGAUAGAGGAAGAUAUACAAGAAUAUGCUUCCGAUUUUGAGGAAUCUCCAGGAUCAGAUAAUGAGGACGAUGAAGAAGAAGAUCAUGAUAAUCAUCAGUUAUUGAAUCGAGUUUCUUUAUCUUUCGAUGAUAUUCCAUCUCUCGUCAAACUGUCAAUAUUGUCUGAGCAGAGCAAUGAUGAUGAUGAUGAGAAGAAGAAGAAGAACAAGAAGAAAUCUGACAACGAGAAUUCUUAUCUCUCGUCACUGGUUGGCAGGUAA